AUGAAAGAUGAAUAUGAAUAAACAGCCAAUUUUUUCUAUCCUCCAGAUCAAUUAGGAAAUAAAUAAAAAUUUGUACAUUCCAGGAGAAUCUUGAAACCCAAGAAUACAGUUUCUAAUCCUUCUACUUAAUUAACGAUUUCAAAGCGUAGUUCUGAUCAUUCAGGUCUACACACUCCUCCUUAGAUAAGUGAAUUGAGUAAGCGAUCAGAGAUCUUAAGGGAUUGUGAGAUGAAAAAGACUAACAAUUAUCGAAUACUGAGUUCGAAUAUCAAUCAACGACAGAGCUAUCCUCAAUAGAUUAGUUUUAGAAAUGAAUUCUUAUUUGUAAACGAAUAGAAAAUAAAUUAAUUUGCUUAAAGUCCUGUAUCGAAGAUUAACAAACUGCCUGAAAUCUUCAAUCACAGAAGCUCUUGUCAAGGGUUCAAAUAGAAUUACAGAAUCCAGAGCAGUCAGAGCAAAAGAGAUACCAUAAGUAACUUUACUCAUGAAUGCCCCAAACAACAAUGCAUACAGGAAUUCAUAAAUAAAAGUAAACAAAACAGCCUAGUUAACCUAUUUCCUUUUUAUAAGCAAAACAAUAAAUGA